GUCGCAGCCGUAGCCGCGAGCAUACGGACCGCGACGAUCCCAGCGUCACGCUCAUUGUGAAGGGCAUUGCCUCCACCACCCGGGAGGACGCUGUUACCGGAUCCUUUGCCGCCUAUGCCCAGAUCAAGGACGUGCGCCACUUUGCACGGCGCGGCUUUGCCUUUGUCCAGUUCCACUCGGUUGAGGAUGCCAUCCGCGCCCUGAAUCGUUUUGAGAAAGAAGGGCGGAGUCGUAUCGAUGGCCAGCGUGUCACCGCCAACUUCGCGAAAGAGCGCGAGGAGCCGUUCCGAGAAGGCCGCAAUUUCCUCGUGGCGGAGCGCAACUUCCUGCAGAAGCAGGCAAUUGCCACCGCCGAG